CUGUUGCUUUUUAAGCCUUUUUUUCUUUAAAUCCAUAAUUUCUUGAAAUGGCUUUUCAUGCAUUUACACAAACACAUUUGUAUCAAAAGUAUGCAGGACCAAAAGAAAAGGACAAAAGCUGCAUUCAGUGUAUUGAGUGCUAUGACAGAAAUGUGUACAUAGGGACUAAAGAUGCCACGGUCCAGCAUCUUAUCUUAAAUGGAGACCAGAUUAAACCCAAAGAAUGCAGGAUGAGAAAACUUGGCUCAAGCAGCCAUGUAGUCAAACUGAAGGCUGUCCCACUGUUCAACCACUUGCUGGUGUUGUGGGAUCGCAGCAUCAUGGCCUUCAACAUGUUCUCCUUGGACCCGGUUCCUGCUCUGAAGAAGAUCCAGCACGUGUCUUUGUUUGAGAUGUGCGACACGCUGCUGGAAUCCCAGAUGGCGUGCAUACAGAUGGUGACUUCUUCUAGUCGCAGGAAGGUGAUACGGAUCCAUGUGGUGGGCGUGGACCACUGGGAGGUUGCAAAAGAAAUCCCUCUCCUCCAGGAUCCUCUGGCAUUGGCAGUAGAUGGCACUAGUUUGUGUGUAGCUACCUGUGACAGGUAUCUCCUCUGUGACGUUACUACAGAAAGCAUCCAGGAGCUUUUCCCACACACUCACAGCAGACAGCGCGUCUUUGUUACAUCUGCUGGACAAGGAGAAUUCCUCCUGAACGGGCCUGAAUCUUUGGGCAUGUUUGUGAUGAAGACGGGGAUCUGCCAGCGCCCUCCCCUGCAGUGGCCUCAGGAGGUGCUGGCAGCUCAAGUGUGUUUCCCUUACACCCUAACCCUGCAGCCUCGAAUGCUGUCUGUCUACAGCGUCCUCGAUCAGCAGCACAAACAGACUGUGAGCCUCAGCGGAGCCAAGGGUCUGCUCUCAACAUCAGAUGGCAUGUUAGUGUUCACAGAGAGGGACAUUUUCAGCCUGCGCCUGGUGCCGUUGGAGGAGCAGAUCCAGACACUCGUGAGGCUGGAGAGGGUCGAGGAGGCCUUGAUGCUACUAGAUGGAGUUCAAGAACGUCACCCACUCGACCAGUACAAGGAGCUGCAGAAGGCCAUCGCUCGCCUGGCUGGGUUUGUUCAUUAUUAUCAGCAGGGUUUUACCGAGGCCAAAGAUCUAUUCAUUAAAGGUGAGCUGGACCCCAGAGAAAUCAUCCGCCUCUACCCUGACAUACAGUGCAGUCUGUGCGAGGACUUUCAAUCCCAGCUUGAUCAAGCAAACAAGGCCAGGGAUCUGCAGGUGGUUUGGCAGGAGAAGAGAAACACAUUUCAUCAUUACCUGCUCUUCCUAGGAGACUUUCUCAGAGCAGUCAGAGGGACCGAGCAGAGCCUGACAUGCAGUAAGGAGGUGGACUGCGCCCUCCUGAGGCUGUAUGUUGAACUGGGAGAUGAUAGAAAUCUGCAGCAGCUUGUGGCUCUCCCCAGUGAGUGCAGGCUGGAUCACUGUGUCCCUGUUUUGGAGCGACACAACAGAUUGUUUGCGCUGGGUUCCCUCUAUAAGAGUCAUGGAAAUCUUAUUGGUUCAUUUGAGACAUGGAUGAAAAUUGUUGAUGGCUUACACACAGACCCCAUCUGCUCUGAUGUGUAUGGACACAUCGUUACAACUCUCAGUCAGCUUGAAAACACUGAUCUUGUGUGGAAAUUUGCAGACUGGACCAUGCAAAAGAACCAAAAGAUAGGUGUGCAUAUUUUCACCAGGCGUCCGCCAGACGCUUCAUUAGAAAUACAGGAUGUCCUUGAUUUCUUGGAGAACUACCCACUGGCGUUGCUUUUGUACCUUGAGUUUUUAAUCCAUGUAAUGAAGAGUCAGGAGGAGAGGCAUCACAGCCGUCUGGCCCUGGCAUAUGUUACUCAGAUGCUGCAGCAGGAAGAAGAAACUGAUUUGAUGGAGACCAGAGGGAAGUUGCAGCAGCUGCUGUGGGAAUCUGAGUUCUUUGACAUCUCUGCCCUGUAUGGGAGAAUCAAGUCUACAUCCCUGCAUGUAGAGAAAGCCAUCCUGUUAGGUAGAAAAGGUGAGUAUCCUCAGGCGCUGCAAGUGCUUGUUCAUGAGGAGCGGGACCUCCAGGCUGCACAGGCUUUCUGCUGCAGGGCAAGCAAAGACCGGGACUCACAGUUCAAACAGACCCUCCUACUCACCCUGCUACAAAUCUACCUGAGCUCCAAAGAUCUUACAAGUGCUGCCGUAGAUCUGCUGAAUGACAGCACGGAGGCCUUUGAGGCUGAAAAGGUCAUCCAGCUCCUGCCUGAGUCCUGGUCCAUCCAGCUGCUCUCUCAGUUCUUAAUUGGAUCCCUCAGAGCGACCUUCCACAAGAGGCGGAUGGCGAAGCUGCAGGAGGCUCUGAGCCAGGCAGAGCUCGUUCGGCACAAGGUCAUUUGGAUGCAAACCGCAAAAACAAAGUUCCAGCUGGACAAGGAGCAGAAGUGCAAAGUCUGUCAGAAAGACUUUGCAGAGCCCCAGUUCGCCUGUAACCUUAGCGGUGAAAUGAUGCACAUAAGAUGCACCAAACAGUCAUCACUGUAAAGUCAGAGAUAAAA